CUGGACCCGCAGCAGGUCGGCGACGGCCGGUUGUCCGUAAUAAUCCGCUGCCACGGGCGCGAGGACAAGCUGGAUCGCAGCAAGCACCGUAUUGGUCAGCAACAGCACGGCAAAGACCUGGCCGAUUUCACGCCGACCUAUCUUGUCCGCCUGAAUGAGAGAGCUGGCGAAGCUCCAGCCAUUGAGGAAGUUGAGCGCCGUGACGAAGACCUGGCUCAUCGCGAACAGGCCGUAGUCGGAAGGGUCGAGGAGGCGCACGACCAU